AUGCGAAACUUAUAUUGGGGGUUGCGUUGCUCCAUCAGCUCACCUCUUCACCCCUUGCACUUCCAAGACGCGUGGCAGGCGAGCGAGCCCAUGCCAGUAGACAUUUUCUACAAGGUUCCUGGUGGGUUUGCACGACUGUGGCUUUGCUUUUCAAACGUCGUCCUUCAGCCUUGUUCGCAAUCAGUGUAUGGCGAAGGGGACCUGGCAGAUGCGCUAGCGAAGGCGAAUGACAAAGCAAGUAUGGUGCUACAGCCCAGCACUAGUGAACUAUAG